CUAUUCAGAAAUGUACAGGUUUGUGUGAGAGUAAGGUACUGCCAAGUCUACAGACGCUGGAACAGGGGUAUGCUUGAAAUGACGACGCGUCAUUUUUGGAGGCAGGGAGGCCUGGCCUCCGCACCGGCUAGUGAGACCAUAGGCAGCCAGGUCCCUACUGUAAAAUCACCAAGGAGCCGUCUGAACCUUUUGGCAUCACCAGUGGGACCGGAGCCUGGUGUAUUAUCCGUAGGCCUACCAUCCUCGGUAUUGGGGCGAGGUUGUGAGCAGUUAACAGUCCGUAUAUUCAUACACUAGCCGUUAAAAGGUGACAGAGGUGAAUUACCAUACUUCGCCUCGGCAUCGCGGAGAGUGGCAGCGACCAAAAUGGCUGCUGAAAAUAAUUCUUCUGAAUAUUUGCAAGAGAUUCUUGAUGGAAUCACGCGUCAGAGUGGCUAUCAAAAGAAAUAUUUCACACUGAGACAGAAAUGUGAACAAAUACACCAGGCAAAUGAGAAACUGGUGAAUCGCCUUUACUAUGCGAAGUUGAUGCUGAAGCUCUAUAAGAAGGAGAGACGCUAUCUCAUGGGGAAGCUCGAUGAUAUUGGAGACAAUUUCAGGGAUGUCCAGGUGCCCGUCAUGUGGGAGGAAGGGCCAUCGAUUGAAGAACUCCUCGGACAACCUCUCCUUGACUUGGCGACUGGGUCGUGUAUCGGAGUACACAGCGAGAAUCAACAUUCUGACGGUCAGACCGACGAGGGUGCUACAGCCUCUGCUACACCCAUGUCACCAAAAAAGACUAAAUUUGAAAUAAAAUACGAAAAAGAAUUGGGUUUAUUGACACCUGUGUUGCCACGGAAACCAGUGCAUGUGUUUGUAAUGUUCUCUGAUCAACAUAAAGAUGCGAUUCGAGUGGAGUAUAAGGAUGAACAUGGCACUGACAUUGACCAACAUGAGCUGAGUCGCAUUCUGGCUGAGAAGUGGAAUUCUUUGAGCAUGGAGGAAAAAGCUAUUUACCAAGAAAUGUAUGAAAAAGAGAAAUUACGUUACGAGAGACGACUUCGAGAAUAUGAACUUUUAAAGGGGGACGAUCCUACGCUGUUGUCUUCAGCUUGUUCCGUAAAAAAAGAAAUUAAAAAGGAAGUCAUGGAUUCCUGAAGAAAUCGUAGCCUCAAAAAGAUACAUUACUGAACUCUGUUCUUAUGGUUGGGGCAUUGGUGAGGUGACAUGCUCGUCUCCGCAGAAACGGACGUCGUGCCAGAACUAUCUCUGAUCUCGCAUGUGCAGGUUUCAUUUUACUGGCCUUGCUGAUGAAAGUAUUGUGAUGAGAAUUAGUGAUUGACUGAGGUGUGUGCACGGGAAAUCUUCUUCAUAGACAGAGAAUACCCAGGCUUAUCAUGACUGCCUCCAAGGAUAUGAGACUGGUUACAAAAACAUGUAGAAAGAGUUAUCCUUUACAAACAAGAGGGAAGAUUUCGUGGACUUCCCAGUUGGUUGAUCAUGGGUGAGACACCAGUCUGGUAACCAACAUUUUUGAUCAGACUGAUGUAAAGUUGCAUUUUGUUCAGGCAUUUGGAUUGAUCUGCAUUUCAAGGAGUUGCCAUUUUAGUUUUUGAUGAUGUUCAAUCAUGUCACUUGACACUACUGCAUAUUUAUACAAUAUUUAUUGUAACCGGAUUGUUGAGAAAUGUUGGAACUUUCCUACCAAUUAAAAUG